AUUUUAUUCAAACCUCUUUAUUGAUAAACCACCAACCUCUUCCUGCAUUUAUAGAAUCAGUCAUGAAGUUGCCAUAUAUCCAGGAGCCUCCGAUCGGCUUGAGCGCCAAAGACCAGGCCAUCUACGAGAGAAUCCAGGCACGUCGUGGCGGGACCUUACUUCCCUUGGACAAAGCCUUGUUCCAUUCACCUGAAUUCGCCGACGGAUGGAACUCGAUGCUUGGGGCUGUGAGAACUAGAGGUGUUCUCUCCACUGACAUAAGAGAGAUCUGUAUAUGUCGGCCUGCACUCCAUAACCGUGCUUGGUUUGAAUGGAAGCAUCAUGCCCCGCUCCUCGCCGAGGCUGAAGGCUUCACUUCAGACAUGAUGCAGGUCGUGUCUACACCGAAUCCGAAGAGCCAAGGGCCUUUGAACGAUAAACAGUGGGCUGUUCUACGUUACAGCGAUGCAAUGACAACAUCGGUCGAUGUACCCCAGGAUAUCUUUGGCGCUCUCGCCAAAGCUGGUUUUAACAACCAGGAAAUUGUGGAGAUCACAAUCACAUGUGCCGCUUACAACAUGGUCAGCAGAUUUCUGGUGGCGUUAGACGUGGGCGAAAUGAAUGGCCAUCCGCCUCAGUCUGUAUCCCCUGCAGAUGAUGGCAAGUCUACAUGAUUCUCUGCCGUGGUUAUAGUGACUUAGGUACUUGAGACUAAGAGGUGGCUUCGAGCGGUGUCGAGUGCAUGGCUUCAUCGACAAAGCUGCCUUUAUGGUAAGCAGCAUACCCCGGCACCUAUCCUUGAGAAAGGCGUCAUUUCUCCUUUAGGCCAAUAAAAUGUUG